AUGUGUUUGAAUAAAAUAUUUUUGUUUACACUAUUCCUGGCAAAUAUUCAGGAAAUAUUUGCUUCAGAUGCUGGGCAAGCUGCAGCAAAGAAAGAUGUUACUGUUAACCUUGGAAGAUUUACAGAACAUUGCCAAUUGGAUCCGACCAAGCCAAAUCAUUUGGUGAAAUAUUAUCUUUGUGAACCUGGAGAUACAAAAACGUUCCUAAAGGUGGUUUAUGAAGACGUUAAUUUGUGGAAUUUUACAUCGGCCGAAGGGAAGACCCUGAAAAAGCUCACCCUUUUGGUUAAGUACAAUUUCUUACAACUUUUACAUUUUCAACUAACAAAGGAUUCUACAGAUGAAGAUUUGUACUACAAGAAGGAAAAAAAGACGUUCACAAAAGUUGAUGCGCAAGAGUUCACUAAUCAAAGAAAGUUCUUAGGUCGAAGGGAUAACCUAGUAGAUAAAUGGUUCGCCUUUGAAAUGCAUAACAAAGAACUUUACGGCAAUUAUGUAACAGAUUCCGAAUCGUUGGUAGAUGGCGUAUCCAGAAAACAGCUUUCUGUAUCCAAGGGUAGGCCCUUGUUACUAAGGGAUGGAACCCAAAAGGUAUGGGAGGAUGUAAACCACGCUAAAGGUUUAAGUAAAGUUGAAGUAUAUGAUUUUGGUCUCGAUAAACUUAUGGUUCUUAAUCUUGGAUCUGAGAGUAAAUAUUUUUUCAAAAACCUCCAAACCAAUAAUUCUCAAUGGAAUGCACUUUCUAACGAAAAUGAAUUUAACACAAAGGCUGUACAACUUAAAUCAUCUUAUUUUACCACUUCAUUUGAAAUGGAUCUUUCUACUAAACCCCCUUUUGAUAAUUUCACCUCCCGCAGAGUGUCGAGCCCCGGAAACUUGAAUGAGCUUGAACUUAUGCCAAACAGAACCUUUUUUCUUAACAAGGUUAAAUUUAAAGAAUACGUUUUGUGGUCUUCAACUGAAAAGCAAAAGAGAGUUUUCAAGAUGAAACUAACACUUUUGGAUUUUGAAGUAAGAUUGGUCGCUUUAUAUGUCACAGUCCCUCCUGAUAAGGUCAAUCCAGAUCAUGAAUCUCUUUAUUUUAACAAGGAAGACGGAGUUUUUAGGAAAUUGAAAGAUGUUGAAGAGUAUAAAGCACUUUCUAAAGUGGUUCAAUCUCUAUCCGAUAAAACCAGCCCUUUUAGAUACAAUGACACCUGGGUCCAAACUGGGGGCAAAUUAGAUGUAACUCGUUACAAUGAUGCUGAAUUUACUGUUGAAAAAGUAGAAGGUGCUUCAAAGGUUCUAGUAACAAGAACCUUAACUCCAAAAGCCGGUUUUACAUUUACAUCACUGUCACACGGGAGCCUUGCUUUAUGGCCAACUGCUGUUCGUAAAACUACUGGUACCGUAAAAUCAUUAGAAUUGGUUUCCAAAGACUCUCUAGUUCAAUUAGUUCUUUUAACUGUUAAAACAGAGUCAACUGACCAUGUUCUACGCCUAAAGAAGGAUGGAGAUAACUUCACAUCAGUGGAACAGGGUGCGUACGAUCAAUUUAAAGAGUUACUCAAAGGAGACGAUUUUUAUGCUGAUAAUAAAGUACAUUUGGACGUGAAUGAAGAGAAUCUUAAUGAUAAAUUCUUCAAAGUUACUCAGGAGACUUCAGAUGGUGUAUUUAAGAAAACAGUUACAGUGAAGGAAUUAAAAGUAACUAAUGUUAAAAGUUUAGGUCAUUCUCUUUGGAGUCAAAACGGCGAUCGAUAUGAAUUUGCCAAAGAUUAUGAUCUUUACCUGGUUGGUGAUUCAAGCCUGUUGGUCGUCCAUCUAGAAACUCAAGGUAAAAGACGGACCACAAAAUAUUUCAAGAAACAAGAUCACAAUAUGCAAUGGGUAGAGAUGAAAUCCGAUGCUGAAUUUAAUAAUACACUAUCUGCUUUUAAAUCAGCAAACACACCAGUCAAAGUCGAUUUAGAUCUGUCUACUAGUCCUUCGGAAGCCCAAUUCACUGUUCAAGUCACUCCUCUCCGUGGAAAUAGAACCAUGCUUGUCCUCACUCCAGUCAAAGGUAAAGUUGUUGGUGUCCUUAACUUUAAAACAACUAAUCUGUGGACAUCAAAUGAAAACCAAAGAGGCCUUAAGGUACACGCAUAUCUUGAAGAUUAUGAUGUCAAGUUUGUAAAAGUCGAUGUAUUAACAGUACAGAACCGCCAAUCUCAACAAUCUGAGGUAAAGAAAAAGUGGGUAAGUGAUACCGAUUGGGCAGGUACUUACACUGAUGGUGAAUUGUCUACAUUUAAAACAACCGACAACUCCAAACCAUUCAAAUAUAGCUCUAGCUGGCAAUUACCAUCAAAUAAAUUUGAUACAAAGUCAUUCUUGGCCGAAAAUUUCACAGUUUCUGAAGCCACUGACAACCUUGUUAAGACUACUACAUAUACUCCUCAAACAUGGAUGCUGGUUAAUCAAGUAUUGGUUGAUGAAGUACAAGUCUGGCCGGUCGAAACUGCUUCUGUUGACCAAACAAAAAAGCUAAAAUUACUUGAGGUGUUGACCAAAGAUCACAUGGUACAACUUGUUCAUGUCCAGAAUGUAUUACUUACAGAAGCAGCUACCACAGAAGAUCUUUACUUCAAAAAACAUGAGUUAACUUACCAAAAGCUCGACGACGUGACUAAGUUUAACGAGUUGAAGGAAAAGUUGUCAAAGAAAGGCGAGCUUGUUGACGAUAAAGUUAAGUUGGAUCUGUCCUCGGAAGUGCCCUCAACCAUGUUCGCUUCUGAGACUCUGGUUGAAGAUGGUCUAGAAAAAACUGUUGUCGAAGUCAAAGUUGGUAAAUUGUACCAAGUCAAAGCUAGCCCACCCUUGUGGACAUCCCAAAGUGGUGAAUAUGUCACGAAACUGGAGAAAUAUUCAAAGGACGAUAAGCAAUUUUUGGUACUUCAUCUUCAUGACGGGACCAAAGCUCUUGAUAAAAAGUAUUUCGAAAAACCAACAGCUGUACAGCCGCAACAAGAUGCACAACGACCAGAAGGGGCUGCUGCACGUCCAUCAUUCCAGACGGUCACCUCUAAUACCGAGUUUUACAAAAAAUUGAAUGACGUUAAAGCCACCUUAACUUUUAAGGCGGCUUCCCUAAACCUUAAUUCAUAUCAGGAUCAAAAUUUCUUGGUCAAAGAGUCUACUGAGGGAACCGCCAAACUAUACAGAUUAUAUCCAAAAGCUGAAUUCCGCGUUAACUCUUUACUAUUUGGUGAAGUUGAGCUUUGGAAAAAAAAGAAAGAAGGGGACAGACUAGUUGAGGGGAAAGUCUAUGUUCAUGACGGAAAAGCUAAAUUUUUUCACGGUCUAGUUUGGGAAGGAGAUCAAAAUGAUCAAACUACUUCCAGUGCUCUCUAUUUUCAACUAAAUGAUGCAGGAAAUGCAUACUAUACUAAGCAAAAGGAGGAGUUUGAUAAGGCACUGGAAGAAGCUCUUAAGACACCGCCUACACCACCCUCAGCUGCUCCUCCCGUUGUUUUGCCCACAAAACCACGCUAUUACAACAAGUUGUUGCUAUCAGAUACGUUUGAUUCUCAACUGUUUCGUACUGAAAGCGAGAAAAAGGGUGAGUAUACAGUAAAAAAAGUACUACCAAAAGGAGAUGAUACAUUCGUGAACCUAGUUGAAAGUAACAGAACUGUAUUAUGGAAAGCACAACAAAAAGAUGAGAUGUGGAAAUCAGCAACGCUUUCACUAUCAGAAGGUGUUGGACUUUUGGAUUUAGUAUUCACUCAAAAUUCAGCUGAUGUACAUUCAUACUUUUUGUUACAAAAAAGUAGGUGGAAGAAGGUUGAGAGUGACGUCUACCAGAAGGAAUGGGCAAAGGUACCAAGUGUACAAGCUCCAGCAUCAUAA